CCACCAUUGCUAUUUGCUAGUGCUUGCCUAUUUCUUAGACUAUUAUCCAUUUGAAAAAAAAAAAAAAAAAAAAAUGGAUGGACUUCAGCAAAUAGGUCUACCCAUUUUGGGAAUUGUUGCAGCUGCUGCUGUUACAUUUUAUGUAGUUAGUUUUUCUGAGAUCAGAGAGAAAUCAUUGAAGGACUUUGAAGAGAGAGAAGAUUUUGAAGGGAAUGGCAAGUUCAAGUCAUCUUUGAGUUCUAGAGAGAGAAGAGCUAGAAGGAAGGCUGAGAAGGAAUCUAAAUCUUGAAAUAAUUAAUUAAUUUGUAUGCUUUGAUUACUUCAUUUUCUACCAUGUAAUGUUUUCUACCUUGAAGAUUGGUUUAUUUGAUUGUUUGAGGCAUUUGAGACCCUUUUUUCACUUUGGUGUAUUUAUUGAAUCGAUUAUAAGUGAGUUCUUGUUUUUGUUA